UACAGACAGACACUCAUGCGUUCUUUUUGUGUCCAUUGAACAACGGACGUACAGUGAGGAAGAAGACCUGCAAACAAGAAAAACAUUAAGAACUAAUUUGAAGAACAAAAUACAGACAAUGUCAUACAGAGGAAGAGACCACAAUUCAGGGCGAUCAGAUCGUAAAGGAUAUGGAGACUUUGGAAGUGACCUCCCAAAAGCAUUCGGGUCAACCAGUCAUAACUUUAGAGACGGAGGUAGUGGUGGACGUGGUGGGGGAGGCUAUGGUGGUAGAGGCAGAGGAAGAGGUGGUGGUGGGGGAUUUGGUGGACGUGGAGGAAGUUUUGGUGGAGGACAGAGAAAUAAAAAUGAUCAGCCAGGACAGAACCUACAUAAACCUAAAUGGGACAUGGGCCGCCUUAUGACCUUUGAGAAGAAUUUCUACAAAGAACACCCAAAUGUUUCUGCACGACAACAGCAUGAAAUUAUGACCUACUACCAAUCUAAGCAGAUUUCAGUUAAAGGAAAUGAUUUGCCUAAACCAGUAUUACAGUUUGACGAAGCAGGAUUUCCAGAUUAUGUUAUGCAGAGUAUUCAAAGACAAAAUUGGGUAAGUCCAACAGCUAUACAAUCUGUUGGGUGGCCUGCAGCACUGAUGGGCAGAGAUAUGGUUGGAAUAGCACAAACUGGUUCAGGAAAAACAGCAGGGUUCAUGUUACCUGCAAUUGUACACAUAAUGAAUCAGCCACAUCUACUGAGAGGAGAUGGACCAAUUGUUCUAGUCUUAGUGCCAACAAGAGAACUUGCCCAACAAGUACAGGAAGUUGCUAACGAAUUUGGAAGACAAUCAAGGAUCAGAAACGUGUGUGUGUAUGGUGGAUCUCCUAAAGGACCACAAAUCCGAGAUUUAGAAAGAGGAUCUGAAAUAUGUAUAGCCACUCCAGGCAGAUUAAUAGAUUUACUGGAGGCAGAAAAAACGACAUUGAAAAGAUGUACAUACUUAGUGCUAGAUGAAGCUGACAGAAUGUUGGACAUGGGAUUUGAACCACAAAUCAGAAAAAUUGUAGAACAAAUCAGACCUGAUAGACAAACUUUGAUGUGGAGUGCUACUUGGCCAAAAGAAGUGAAAACACUAGCAGAUGAAUUCCUGAGUGAUAAUAUCAUGAUGAAUAUAGGAGCCCUUCAAAUUCAUGCCAAUCACAAUAUUCUCCAGAUAAUUGAUGUGUGUACAGAAACAGAAAAAGACUACAAAUUGAUGAAAUUAUUAGACGAAAUUAUGCAGGAAAAAGAAAACAAAACAAUAGUAUUCACAGAAACAAAGAGAAGAGCUGAUGAAUUGACCAGACGAAUGAGAAGAGAAGGCUGGCCAGUAAUGUGUAUACAUGGAGAUAAGAAUCAACAAGAAAGAGAUUGGGUUCUACAAGAAUUCAGAGUAGGAAAAACACCAAUUCUAAUAGCCACAGAUGUAGCGUCCAGAGGUCUAGAUGUAGAAGAUAUCAAAUUUGUGAUAAACUUUGAUUAUCCAAAUUCAUCAGAAGACUAUGUUCAUAGAAUAGGCAGAACAGCUCGUGCAAACAAUACAGGAACAGCAUACACAUUCUUCACACAAAAUAACUGUAAACAGGCUGUAGAUUUGAUUAAUGUACUACGUGAAGCCAAUCAACAAGUCAAUCCAAAACUUGUGCAACUUGGAGAAAGUGCUAGAUUCCUAGGAAAAGGUCGUAAUCGUUAUAGUAGAGGAGGCGGCAGGGACGACAGGAGAGGAGGAGGAGGACGUUUUGGUGACCGUGAUUCAAGUAGAGGGGGUCGUGGGGGUGGGUUUGGGAAUAAGGGUGGUUCAUAUGGAUCUGGUGGAGGUGCAGGGGGUCGUUCAGGGUAUGGGGCCAGCUCUGGGGGAUCUGGUUAUGGAGGAGCAAAUCGCAGUAGUGGAUUCAGUAGUGGGGGGCAAAAAGGAUUCGGAAAUACUUCUGGAGGACAAAAAGGAUUUGGAAAUACUACUGGAGCAACAAAAGGAUUUGGAAAUACUACUGGAGCACAAAAAGGAUUCGGAAAUACUAGUGGAGGACAGAAAGGAUUUGGAAAUACAAGUGGUGGUUAUAACCAGUCUGGUGGAAGUUAUAAUCAAACACAAGAGGGAGGAGGACAUUAUAAUUUACGUCAUCCACAACAUGACGGUCAACAAGGCCAAAUGAACGGCUAUAAUAAUGGUUACAGUGGACAAUACAAUCAGCAAUGGGGUAAUCAGUGGAACACUUCUUCUCAACCUCCACUACCAGCUGGUAAUCCUCCCAAAAUACCCCCUCCUCCACCAGUGUAAAUCUCUUAGUCUCUUAAUUUUAUCUCAAUGUUGCAAUGUAACUUUAUUUAUUGUAAAUUUCAUGUAAGUCCCAUAUCAUUUCAUUCUCUACAUGCAAAUCUGUUAUCAACUGACAGAAAUUUACUGAAACCAAACAAAGUGUACAAAAUAUUCUUAAAUACUCAUUUAUUCAUAGUAAUGCCUUUUAUGAUUUUAUGAAAUAUUCAUCUGUUCAGUUAAUAACUUUUUGUUAUUUUCUCAUCUGUGCAUAAGAUAUAGGGUCCAGUCAAAUUUAGCACUACCAAGAUAUAAAAAAGUGCUGAGUUUGCAAAUAAAUCCAUGUUCAUUUGUUUUUAAUGUUUAUUGCAUAUUAAUGUAAGACGAGUGUUUUAUCAUGUUUUAUAAGUUAGUUAAAUGGUUUUAUUGUCUUUGCUCUGUAUGACAUAAUUAUGUGAUAAAAAAAAAAAGAAGACAAAUAAAAUAAUCAGGUAAGUAUUCCAUUCAAAGUGAAAAAAGUAAGAAAUGUAAUGAAACAACUAGUUGAUCACUAGUAAAAGGAUUUUUUUUAACAUCUCAUUUUUAGCCGGUCUGGCAUUGACCACAAAUUGUUGUUAUUUUGUUAUAGUGGUCAUGUUUUACCACAACAUGUAAGAAAAGAAUUUAAAUUAAAAAAUUUUGUAAAUUA